CCCAUUUGGUUUAUAAAUGUGCUCUCCUCAAGACUCUACUCGAACUCAAAUUCGAACUUUUGAUUGUGAUUUGUGACCAGCACAUUUUCUCCGUUCCUGACUCGAACCUCUGACCUCAACUUCAGAAAAGAAGUAAAAUAUUCUGAAUUGCACCACCGCAACGCGGUGGCGUUUGAACUACUUGAAUCGCCGCCAAAGUUCGCAAAACCCUAAAACCUCUGGAGAAACCACAACAAUGGAGGUCAAAACCAUGAACAAAGAGUCAACCAAUAACGACGAGAAGAUGAAGAACAAAAAAGGAGAGGGAAAAACAAGUAAAAUAGCGGAAUCCCAAGGUUCUGUAGGAAGAACAGCAAUACCUUUGAUUGAGUUUACUACUUCUGCUACUAAGACUACUAGUAAUGCUUCUGCUAGCGACGGUUCGGGCAUCAAAGUUUCGAUGUUUGAUUAUACUGUUGAGAAUCAUUUUAAGGCAAUGGAUAUGAUCUACAAGCUUUGUGGUGAAGAGUUAAAUGGUGGUUUGGUUGAUGGCCAGGUUGAACGCCUAGCAUCUACAAUCACUUUCCUUAGUGAGUGGAGAUACUUCAAUUACAAUCCAAGAACUGUUCGCUUUAUGUCCAAAACAGGACGUCCCAAUGGGAUUGAAGCUCAUAAUGAGAUACUUUUAUCUCAAUUCUCAUCUGCUAUGGUGCCAAAGUGUGAUAUGGAGGCAGGUAAAGGUCCCAGUUCCGUAUUGUCUACUGAUUCCAGGAAAGAUUUUGUCUUAUAUGUUGGUGGACUAGUUUGGUCAUUGGAUUGGUGUCCCAGGAUAGAUCAAGGAACAAACUCUCGUGCAAAAUGUGAGUUUAUUGCUGUUGCUGCCCAUCCUCCUGAUUCAACUUACCACAAGCUUGGAGAUCCACGUAUUGGCCGAGGGAUGAUUCAGAUAUGGUGUCUAUUAAACUGUACAUCAAACGAUGUUAUGCAAGCUCCUGUAGGGAGCAUAAAACGGAAAUAUCAAACCAAUAAGGUUGCAAAUAAGGGAGAGAGUAAAGUCAGCAAACCCGUGAGGCCUAGAGGAAGACCUAGAAAGAAUCCAAUAGAGAAAAUUACUGUCAAAGACCCUGAAUGUCAGAUCAGUCCACCUCUUGAUAUUCAGCUUCCAGAAAAUAUAUUAGAGGUGCGUCCUGCUAAUGAAAUCAUGCUGAGCACUCAUGCCUCCCAGGAUACAUCAACUCUUAUCAGUAAAGCAAAAGAAAAACAUCAAAUUAUUGUGGUUUCUAAGGAGGAAAACAUACAAAAGAAACCCAGAGGAAAUGUUAGAAAGAGUGCAAUUAAGAAUUCGAUUGAAGAUUCUGAAUACCAGUUUAUACCAGCUCUUGCUGUUCGGCUUUCAGAACAUUCAUCGAAUGGGCCUCCUGUGGAUGAAAAUAUACGGAUUGACCCUUCUCCAAGGAAAGGAACGCAAAGAAAAAGGAAAGCUGUCCAUAAUGAAAAUGUUACAGUGGAUGAAAUUUCAAGAAUUCUCAAUUCUGAUGGACGGUCUUUUGAAGCUCCUAACAUUGAGUUUCCAGAAAGUAUGGAAAACAUUUCCGUAACAGAAGAUAAUUUAUUGAAUGCCUCAGGGCCUCUUGAACAAACUGGUAAAAGGCGUACCAGUAAAAGAGUGCUUGCAUCUGAUAUGGAUUGCACUCUUGCAGUGUUGAGGAGAAGGUUGAGUAACAAGUCAAAAGCAUGUAAUAACUUAGACCUUGACAACAGUGGUUUGCCAAUUGAAAAUUUGGGUGAGGGACCUUCUCUAGCAAGUCUAGACGAAACUUACUUUCAACAAGGUAAUAUGGUAUCAGGAGGAGAUGCUGUUACUGGUCUCCCAGUUCUGAGUUCCGGUGGUGGUCAUAUCCUAGAGGAUGUUAUUCUCCCUAGAGUUGUCUUGUGCCUGGGUCAUGAUGGAAAGGUUGCAUGGGAUGUGAAAUGGCGCCCCCCAGCUGAUGCUGAUGAAUCUGUUAACAGGCAUAGAUUGGGCUAUCUUGCUGUUGUUCUUGGGGAUGGAUCUGUGGAAGUGUGGGAAGUUCCUUCUCCUCAAAUAAUUAAUUGUAUCUAUGCAUCUCGACAUGCAAAGGAUGCAGAUCCUCGAGAUCCUCGUUUUGCAAAAUUGAAGCCCGUAUUCCGAUGCUCAGUAUUAAAGUAUGGUGAUAGACAGAGUAUGCCUCUGAUUGUGGAAUGGUCGGCUUCUCCUCCACACGAUUUGAUAUUGGCUGGAUGUCAUGAUGGAGUGGUUGCUUUGUGGAAGUUUUCUGUAGAUGUCCCAUCUGAAGAUGCCAGACCUCUGCUGUGCUUUAGUGCUGAGACAGGUCCUAUUAGAGCCCUUACUUGGGCCCCAUAUGAAGGUGAUCCGGAGAGCUCAAAUAUAAUUGUCACUGCUGGGCAUGCAGGGCUGAAAUUCUGGGACUUGCGUGAUCCGUUCCGGCCUCUGUGGGAUGCAAAUCCCUCACAGCGUUUCAUAUAUGGUCUUGAUUGGGUGCCUGAUCCAAGAUGUGUCCUUGUAUCCUAUGAUGAUGGAACACUACGGAUGCUUAGUUUAACGAGAGCUGCAUAUGAUGUUCCAAUUACUGGACAACCUUUCAGUGGAACGCAGCUACAAGGAUCGCACAGUUAUAAUUGUUCAUCAUUUGCCGUAUGGAACAUUCAUGUGUCACGACUAACAGGGAUGGUUGCAUAUUGCUGCGCAGAUGGAACUGUACUCUAUUUCCAGGUGCUUUACAGGUGACUUAGAAAAUAAUUUCUCUAAUCAAAGCCGCCUCAUUUCUGUAUCCCUGGUUAAAAAUAUUGUCCUUUCAUUGUCAUCGAAUCUAGUAAGAACUCCGUAAACAGCAUCACAUAUAACUUGAACUUGUCACCAGUUUUCUUUCUAAAUCUAACAGCAACUUGUAGUUAAACAGGGAACUCAAAAGGAGUUCUAUUAGAUCUCAACAGCUUUAAUAUUUCUUGCCAAAUUGAAGCAGAAUAAGUGUGCUGGCCUACUGGGCCUUUCUUUAAUUAAAAUGUUGUAAUUUACAGUAGAAAGAUAUCCAAAAUUCUACUCAAUAACUGUCUCAGGAAAACCCAGUUCUAACAGCACAACUGUCAAGAAACGCCACUCAAUGUAGUCAUAAGCUGAUAAGCCUUCUUUAAGUCUACCUUAAUCAUGCACCUUGGAGAUAUAUUAGCUCUACCACCCCCCUUUAUCAAUUCAAUGUCAAGAACUAUAAGAUAUUAGACUUCCUGCGAAACCUACUUGGCAUCUAUACACUAUACUAAAAGAGAGGACAUCAAUGUGAUGAUGACAAAUGUCACUCUAUGAUUCACCUCUCUUUUAAUAUAAAUAAUUAAAACAAAAUAAUAUAUUUGACUUUACUACUAAAUAUACAAAGUACAUACUUCCUCCGUUCCACAAUAGAUGCAUCGUUUCUCAUUUGCGCACUAUUCAUCAAUCAAUUUUGACAAUCACUUUUCCACCGUUGUGUAAGAAAAAACAUAGUCAAGUGAGAUCUUGUUAAAUUCGUAUUAAUGCAAGGAUUCCAAAUAUCAACUUUUUAUAAUUAUUACUUAUACGCAUUUAGAUAUAUUAAUGUUCAAAGAAGUGUAUUGGCAUACGUGCAAAUAUAAAUGAUGCAUCCUUUGUGAAACAGAGGAAUUACUAAUUAAAGUGUAGCCAAAAAAAUAUUGUAACAAUCAUUUCCAUAUUAAAAUAUUCCAUGUGCUCUUACAAUAAUAUUGAAUAAAUACUAUGCCUAAUAUUUAAUGCUAUAUCUCACACCCAAUAUCUCAAGCUUAAUAUUUUAGACUCCCUAACAAAAUUUUAUCUUAGUACUAGGUUAAGUUAAUAAAAAAAUUAUUUCAAUAGGAAUUUAUUAUCAAAAAAAAUAAACAAAAUAAAAUGACACUAUAAAGUUCUGAUAUAAUUUGAAUAUUUCCUCAAUUAUUUUAUCUAUUUUUUAACAUCUGAUAAACAUUUUUUUUUUGACAUAAGCUAACUAAAAGAACAACUACGGAAAAUUAGAAAAAGACAAUAAACUAUCAACAACGCCUUUUGCUUGAGCAUGUGCCUGAUGAACCCGUUGUCGCUCCACCUUGUGAAUACUCCCUCAUAAAAGUGCCUUCCUUAAACGCUGGGUCUCGCUAACUGUCCAUAUCAUCUGUAUCUCAAUUGACUCUUCUACCAAAAGCAUUAGAACAUAGAAUAAAUCAAUAACGAAAAAUUUAAAAAAAAUAAAAAAAAGUAAUGAACUCUUAUAUUUCAUAACACUCCUCUUGGAUGCCCAUUAUUAAAGAGUAUUAUUGGCUAAAUCUAAAAAAUAUUACACGUAUUAUUAGUAAAAGAAACAGUUUUUAUGUAAAGAAAUUUUGCAUAUAACUAAAUUAAAGAGAGACAAUUAAUGUAACUAAAUUUUGUAACUUUUUAUGCUGAACUUGUAUUCUUCAAAUCAUUAUUAUCAUAUUAUUUUGAUUCUUUGCAUAGUAAAUAAAAUAAAAUAAAAUCAAAAUAUUUGUUGUGAUUUAUAUAGUCUAAAAUAUAGAAGGAAAGAAAUACUCUCUGGGUUCUUGAAUGCUAGUACUCUUUUCGUAUUGAGUUGCUUUUAAAUUAGUCCCUUAGGAUGUUUCCUUAUUUGUCCAACAUAUAUACCAAUUAUACCCUCAUAAAAAUUCAAACAACCCACUUGUUUACUCCCAAAUAAACAUUUAUCCCUAUUAAACCCCUUAGUUAUUUUUCUCUCUUAACUCUAUGAUUUGCCUUGUUAUGAUAUAUUGCUAAUUGUGCAUAAAUAAUAUAUAAUAAAGGAAUAUAUUAUUCUUUUAUAUAAUUUUUUGAUAUGUUUAAUUCUUAUUUUUACAAUGCUUAUAUAACUGUUGUAAUUAUGUAAACACCUUAAAUAACUAACUUAAAAUUGAAUGAUAUUAAAAUUAAAUCAAUAAUAGUUUAGUAAUAUCUAAAUAUAAAUUCUUAAUUUAGAGAGAAUUAAGGAUGCUCUUUUAUUUUUAACACUCCUCCUUGAAGAGCUUCCUUUGAACGCCAAUUUUUUCUCUUAAUCGGUCAAAGCUUGCUUUCGGAAGUGCUUUUGUAAAUAUGUCAGCAAUUUGUUCUUCAGAAGUACAAUGAACAAGGCUGAUCUUUCCUUCACUUUCAACUUCUCGGACAAAGUGAUAUUUUAUUUUGAUAUGUUUUGUUUUUUGGUGUAGAACUGGAUUCUUAGCUAUAGCAAUAGCAGAUUUACUAUCGCAAAAUAUCUGUGGAUUGUUUUUGAACUUCACCAUUUCUGCUAAAAUUCUUAUAAGCCAUAUUGUAUAUAUUCAGCUUCUGCCGUAGAUUUAGCCACAGUAUCUUGCUUUUGGCUAAGCCAAGAAAAUACGCCCAUUUCCAAGUGAAAACACGUAUCCCGAUGUAUUUUUCAUAUCAUCGAUAGACCUAGCCCAAUCAUUGUCCGAAUAUCCAAUUAGCUCCGAAUUUUUAUUUGGCGUAUACCAUAUUCCAUAAGCCGAGGUUCCUUUUAGAUAGCGAAGAACUCUCUUAAUUGUUUGCAAAUGUAUUUGACUUGGUUUCUGCAUAAACCUUGCCAACAUGCUUACAACGUACAUCAUAUCUGGUCUUGUAGCAGUUAGAUAUAAUAAGCUUCCAAUUAUGCUUCUGUAUUGUUUAAGAUCAGUAUCUUCUGAAUCAUCUUCUUUGCUCAACUUCUCAUUUUGAGCUAAAGGAGUGGAUGCUGGUUUGCUAUUUUCCAUCUUAAACUUUCUUAAGAUGUUUUGUGCAUAUUUCUUUUGACUUAUGAAGAUCCCUUCUUCUGUUUGCUUAAUCUCCAUACCCAGAAAAUAGUUCAUUAAGCCAAGAUCAGUCAUUUCAAAUUGAUUCAUCAUUUCUUGCUUAAACGCUUCUAUCAUAGAUAAAUCAUCCCAGUAAUGAUUAGGUCAUCCACAUAAAGAGAUAAGGUGAUAAUGCGUGACCCAUCUUUCUUGAUGUAUAAGGUUGCUUCAUUAGGACUCCUCUUGAAACCUUGUUGAGUAAAGUAACCAUCAAUUCUACUAUAGCAAGCUCGCGGAGCUUGCUUGAGCCCAUAUAGAGCUUUCUUCAAUCUCAAUACUUUAUCUUCUUUUCCUUCCACGACAAAACCAAGAGGUUGUUCAACAUAUAUCUCUUCUUGAAGAAAUCCAUUUAGAAAGGCAGAUUUA